AUGAUAGAAUAGAUUUAAUAUUAUAGAGAAUUAGAAAAAUUUUUAAGCUCUUCACUUUUAUCUCAUUAGGUUCUCCAUAUUGAUCUGAGUUAUAGUAAAAUACGUGAUAAAGAUGCAUCAAACUUAGGUUCUGGUUUAUCAAAGUGCAUUAAUCUCUCAAAUUUGACACUUAAUCUUCGUUGGAAUUUAAUUUGUGAUGAAGGCGCAUCAGUCUUAGGUUCUGCUUUAGCAAAGUGUAUAAAUCUCUCAAAUUUGACGCUUAAACUUAAUGAAAAUAAUAUUGGUGCAUCAGCAUUAGGUGUUGGUUUAGCAAAGUGCAUUAAUCUCUCAAAUUUAACACUUAACCUUGGGAGCAAUUAUAUUGGUGUUGAAGGUGCAUUAGACUUAGGUUCUGGUUUAGAAAAGUGCAUUAACCUCUCAAAUUUGACACUUAAUCUUGGUAGGAACAAAAUUGGUGAUGAAGGUGCAUCAGGCUUAGGUUAUGGUUUAGCAAAGUGCAUUAAUCUCUCAAAUUUGACACUUAAACUUCGUUACAAUAAAAUUGGUGAUGAAGGUGCAUCAGGCUUAGGUUCUGGUUUACCAAAGUGGAUUAAUCUCUCAAAUUUGACACUUGACUUUUAGAGCAAUUAAAUUGGUGAUAAAGGUGCAUCAGACUUAGGUUCUGGUUUAGUAAAGUGCAUUAAUCUUUCAAAUUUGACACUUGUUCUUUAUGACAAUUAAAUUGGUGAUGAAGGUGCAUCAGGCUUAGGUUCUGCUUUAGCAAAAUGCAUUAAUCUCUCAAAUUUGACACUUUAACUUCAGAGCAAUUAAAUUGGCGCUAAAGGUGCAUCAGACAUAGGCUCUGGUUUAGCAAAAUGUAUUAAUCUCUCUAAUUUGAGACUUAAUCUUGAUUCGAAUUAAAUUGGUGUAAUGGGUGCAUCAGGCUUAGGUUCUGGCUUAGCAAAGUGUAUUAAUCUCUCAAAUUUAAUAUUUAAACUUGAGUAACAGUUUAUUCGUUUUGGAUUGAAUUAUUUUUAACUAUAAAAAUGA